AAAGGCUACUCAAAUUUGAGCACUACGCAGCUGAAGCAGUUUCUCCUCCUCGUGCAUGAGAAUCUCGUUGCAGUAAAGGUGCACGCGCAUGCGCAGAUCUUUCCGUCUUUUGUUGGAAGGGAAUGACUGGCGUUUUCAAUGCUCUCUGCUCCAGCAUCGCAACAUUUUUAGACGAAUCAUCUGUAUACCAUACAGUGGGAGGAUACGACUCUGGAAGAGGAUUUGGCGAUUGAAGACGGUAUCCUGAAGCGGUCGAUUGUGUGAUCAAAGCGUCUGGAAUCCUCUACACGUAACUCAUCAUGGCUGAGCUUGAUACUGAUUUCACCAGUGGAGAUGCUGGGGCUUCCCUGACCUUCCCCAUGCAGUGCAGUGCUCUGCGUAAGAAUGGUUUUGUGGUGCUUAAGGGCCGUCCCUGCAAGAUUGUGGAGAUGUCUACCUCCAAGACUGGCAAGCAUGGACAUGCCAAGGUGCACUUGGUUGGAAUCGACAUAUUUACUGGAAAGAAAAAUGAAGAUAUCUGUCCUUCCACCCACAACAUGGAUGUUCCUAACAUCAAGAGACUGGACUAUCAAUUGGUUGGCAUCACCGAUGGCUACCUUUCCCUGUUGAAGGAUAAUGGAGAUUUGCGUGAGGACCUUAAGCUGCCUGAGGGGGAUCUGGGCAAAGAAAUAGAGAGCAAGUUUGAAUCUGGGGAUGAAUUUCUGGUCUCCGUUUUGGCUGCCAUGGGGGACGAGUGCCCCAUUGCCAUCAAGCCCAUGAGCUCUUAAUGAACAGAAGCUGACGGGCAGGUUGAGUGAAGGCCUCUAUACCACAAAUAUUCCAUUUUAGUUCUAAAAGUCACCAAAGCCACAGCCUUCACAAACCACCCAGAAUUGGUUCUGUUAAACAGUAAAGAUGCUGGACCUUUUGACCUGUCUCAUGAGGUGUUGUCUAAUCAGGAUAUUUCCAUAUCACAAUGGGUUUCCUGCACGCUUGUUAUUUAGUUCUCCUUAUCCAUUCCUCCUUCAUUAUACAGAAGCACUUUUAUCAUUCAUUAUUAAAAAUGGGAAUAGUUUUUUAAUGCUCUACUUCUUGCAGAAACCUUUUUAUUCUUGCCGACGGGCCUUAAACUGUUGCAAAUCAGGCAGCAGCCAUAGACGAUUACUUCUAUGAAUGACACUGACUAGUUUCCCGGCGUUUUGGUACAUCUACAUUUGUGCCAAAGCCUGUGUGUCUCAGGUAGGCUAGGAUUCAUCUGCAUGUCGCUCGGACAGCUUGCCACUUGUUGGGGUGACCGGAAACUAGCGAUCCUAAGACAGAUUCAACAUUUACUGACAUUUAAUUCAGACCAAAUAUAAUGUAACUGAUCUGAGUAACAGUUUUACUCCCCCUUGAGAGGUUUUUUUUUAGUUUACAGCAUUUGUCCCUCCAUAAAAUACAUUUCUUUUGGUAGCAACGGAGCAAUAACCCAACUUUGUUGGUUACAUCUUUUUAGUUGUAAGGGAAGAUAAUUAUAAGAAGGACCUUUGAGCUUUGCAUUGGCUACGGAUUCCCUCUGUAACAAACUCUGUUUACAGUAGCUUUGUUAAACAACAAAUUUUUAUGCUUUUUUUUGUUUUUGUAUUUGUCGACAGGCACAGUGUGUGCUCAAGGGCUUCAAUAGCAACACUUUCUUUAGUAUUCACAUUUUAUUGCAUCUUACAUGCAACUGACUUGUUUACUGGUAUAAAGGCUUUAUUUGUUCAGUGUUUUUUUUUUUUUUUUUUGGUUCUCCCACCUUCAGGGCACAGUUUGCAUUUGGCUCAUAACAAAUAUAGUAUUUUCAUAGCAGUAGGCAUUUUUAUUUACUCUGAAAUUCCUUUUUUUGAUGUAGAAAUGAGGAACAUUGCUAUUAUAUCUUUGCGUUUGAUUUUUCUUCUAGGUGUUAGUUUUGAUUUUGAAUUUUCCUCUUAGUAGUUUUUGUUUACUGUAAGAUGGAUCAGCAGAUGAAAAUGCUCUUUGUUAGGCAGAAUGUUUUUUUUUCAGCUGUGUUGGCUGUCAUCUUACGAUGUUCCCUGUUCCAACUAGUUUUUGUUCUUGUAAAUCUAGCUCUCGUAUAGAAGUAGCCGUAGAUCUGAGAGCUCAAGUGGAAAGUAUUGUAUGACUGUACAGUAUUGAGAAACUUUUCACAUUGGCAUAUCAAACUCCGUGAGUCUCUCAGGUUUCCAGUGUUCGGUUAUUUUGCUGUUUGUAGUAUUGGCCCUAAAUAUCACUGUUAAAUACCUCUCUGUCUCUAUCUGCAAAACAUUAGUAUUCAUGCCUACGAGUGAAUCACACACUUUAUUUACUGGAUGCAUAUAUUUGGUUCGUUUCUUGAUUUUAGCAGCUUGACUAUCAGCGACGGGCAGAAAGAAACAUGGGUCAUUAUAUUGCCAGUGCAAACUGUAAGAAGGUGCUUAAUCGGACAAGCAGUAGAAAUUCUCGUGUUCAGUGUUUUUCAUAUAGCUAGUUGAAUGAUAAUUGUAAGAAACCACAGAUUGGGAUACGAGGGGAGCAAUUAUAAUAAACUCAACUGAAAAACUGA